AUGGGAUCAAUCGUUUCAUCACUGACCUUUCAACCACCCAAACCACCAACUUAUAAUGCUGAAAAACCCUAUCCGGUCACAUUUGUCGAAGGAGUGAAAACCGGGAAAAAAGUAGCACUGUAUUGUUUAAAAGCGAAAACAGAAAAUGUAAAAGCGACGAUUCUAUAUAGUCAUGGCAAUGGAAUGGAUAUGGGAAUGAGCUAUGACUUUCUGAGCGUUCUAAGAGACAAACUCAAUGUGAAUGUGGUUCAUUAUGAGUAUUUCGGCUAUGGCGUUUUACAAGACGUUGAAGAACCAUCUGAGCAAGGUGUUUAUGAGUGUGCUCUCACUGCCUAUAACUAUGUAGUCACUACUAUGAACAUUCCUCCAGAAAGUAUAAUUAUUUAUGGAACAUCAAUGGGAACUGCUGCUUCCAUUUAUUUAGCUGCACAUCAUCGCAGGGUUGCUGGUGUGGUUCUAGAGAGUCCUUUCGAGAGUAUUGUAAGAACUGUGACAAAUGUAUUUGCAGGUCGAUUAAUUGACAUGUUCCCCAAUUAUAUGAGAAUUGGAGCUAUUGAGGCACCAGUGUUUGUGAUUCAUGGAGAGAAUGAUGAGUUGGUUCCAGUUGAUCAUGGAAUUUAUAUUACAAAGCAUGUGAAAAAUCCCUAUCCAGCUCUUUGGAUUAAGAAUGCUGGUCACAACGACAUGAGAGAAAUUCUUGGAUUACGAGAAUUAACGAAUCACCUCAAGAAAUUUAUGGUGGAAUGUAGUGUCAUCAAAGAAUAA